UAUGUCAAGCGAAAGGUUGUGUCUCUUCUGCCCCCCAAAACGUUUCGUUCGAAAUUCCCAUCUCACUACAGCGGUCUCUUUGACCUGUUGGAAUUGAUGUUCAUCCCAGCCAGAUGGGUUCAUCUGUUGCUUUUCCGCAUUCUAAAGCAACUGUUCCCUAUGAUCGAACGUCUGGAGAAGCAAAAGAAAACCCACAAGGAAACCUUGGAACUGAUCGAGUUCUUAGCCUAUUAUCGAGGGCACAUGGAGUUCUAUUCCAAAGGAAGACGAAAGGGCAAGGAGAAAAGUCCUCUUGCAGGAGACAACACCACUUCUGGAACAGAACAGUCUCCUCCGUCCACAGACGCCGGUGAAGGCCAAGGAGUAAAUGGAGGAGGGAACCGAGAUAAAGCCAUUGUUAGGUUUGCGGAAAAGCUAUUUAUGUAUAUGUCGCACGAGGAUGCCAAUCACGAAGCAGCAGCAGUAAAAGAGCUCCAGAAGAGCAUGAAGGAGGCGAUGGAGGAAGUGUCCGGUGAAUCCACAAUCAGAAGAUGGGACGAGCCGCCCCUGAUCCUGGGUGCACAAAUGGGUCUUCCUGAGUUCGUCAGGACGAUCUUGCUAGUAUGUCCGCAGGCAGCAGCAUACCUGGACACCAAGGGGAGAAGCGUUCUCCAGGUGGCUAUAGAGAACGGUAACUUAGAGAUCGUGGAAACUAUACGUGAGAUGACGCAGGGGAACUGCCCCAUCCUACCAUCCUGGCUACUGUCCACAGUCGAAAAGGACACCAAGAGUACCAUUCUGCAUUUUGCUUCCACCAAAGGCCCUGGUGAUGACCAAGCUGCAGUACAGAUGCAAGAUGAACUGAUAUGGUUUGAGAUAGUGAGAGACAUGGUUCCUCGAGAAUUAGUGCACUACCGAAAUGAUGCAGAGAAGACAGCACAAGAGAUGUUUAGUGAGAGUCACAAAGAGAUGGCUAAGGCGUGCAAGGAACAACUGGUGCGGAUGGGCCAGACAUGCUCAGGGCUUCUGGCCGCCGUGGUGUUCGCAUCGAGCUUCUCCAUCCCCGGCGAGAAGGAUCCGAAAACCGGAAACCCGAUCUAUUUCAACAGGCUACCUUUUCGGAUCUUCUCGCAUGCGUUCGUGAUUGGGUUGUCAAGCGCCGCUACGUCUCUGGUGUUGUUCCUAUCCCUCCUCGUCGCGCCUUACAAGGAGCAGCAGUUCCGCCGUGCCAUCCCAAUCAAGUACUUCUUCGCCUGCUUGUCAUUUGGGAUCGCGCUAACUGCUUUUCUGGUGGCAUUCACCUGCAACAUCUACUUGCAAACCUAUGGUGGACAGAGAUCGGAGACGAAUGACUUGAUUAUACUCCUACUGGAGCUCCUCGUCUUCCCCAUCGUGUGCUGCCUCUUUCUCUUGUCUCGUGGCUCCUAUUUUCUUCCGUCUUUCGGUUCUUUCUGGCGUUGACUCGGUUUUUGUCUCUAUGCGGUGAUGUGGGAGCUUUGACAGUCGAUGGUGUUGUUUUUAUAUGCAUAUGCACUAUUUAAAUGGUUGAUUUUUGUAGUGAUUUUGCUUUAGGAUUCUUUUCUCUUUUCCGAGGAUUGUGGAUCAUGUUUG